UUAAAGUAACCACAAAGAAAGAAGAAGCGCGUUAAACUUUGGGAGCUGCGAGCGAUGAGGUGACGAUAGCCCGAGGCGCGUCUCCUUCCGCGCUUCUUCAUCUUAUUCUGAACCAUCGUCGGCUUCUGGCCUUACUUCGUCCAUUAUCCCUUUUGUGGGCUUCAAUCGCGACAUGCUCGAGUGUGCAACGCGGGAUCGGUCGCUCUAUCGAUCCGGUGUCCGCCCGGAUGUUUCUGGAUAUGAGUGCUUGCAAAGAUGUCGAAUGAUUCCCAGGUGUAAAGCUGACCGAGGCUUUAAUUCGGUCGGAGGAGGUUCGUUUUGAUUUUAGGAACAGCAGAGGAAGAACGUGCUGGAAUGUAAAUUACCACGCGCUGUGAUGGAAAUUUGUAGUUUGCAAUUGAACUGGCGCAGAGAGGGUCGACUGAUUUGUGUGUCCGCCGCGGAGUACCUGAUUGGGGAAGCGUGCUGUGUUUAAGCAUCCUUCUCCUUCUGUGACGUAGCGGAAGAGGAAAUUCGGAAGCGAGGGAUAUUGCGACAGGUUUUUGGAUUGAAGUUAGAGUUAUGGUGAAUCUUACAAUUCGACUGAAUGUCAAAGGCUCUGGAGGAGAAAGUUCUACGCCCACUAAGACAGCUGUUGAAGGCCCCGGCACGCCUCAACUUGUGUGUGGAGGGCACUUGAUUCAGACAGAGCUGCCCACGGCUUCAGGCUUGGGGUUGAGCUCUGAUCUGGCUGCUGCCACGGCACCCUCCAGUGGUUAUCUCGGUUACAGAGUGCGUCGAACCGCUGGAGAUAAAGUGCACUUCUGCGUCCGUUGUCAUUUCCCAAUUGCGAUCUACGGUCGUCUUGACCCGUGUGAGCAUGUCUUCUGCCUAAUAUGUGCGAAGAAGGAUGCAAACUGUUUCUUGUGCGAGGAAAGGGUUUUGCGCAUUCAAAAGUUGGAGGUUUUGGAAGGAAUUUUUGUAUGCGGAGCCGCUGGGUGUCUGCGCUCUUUCCUGGCAAAGAACGAGUUUGAGUGGCAUGUAAGAGAGGUUCAUAGUCAUCUACUGUCUUCCAGAGAGGCACCCCCCGGUAAGUCGCUUCUUGAAGCACCGCACCCGAGCCAGUCCUUAGGUCACAAUCAAAAUGCCCCAACACCGUCUCCAUCUCAAUCACAGCCCCAUUCUCCGUCUCAGAGCAGAAUGGUCGAGCCCCCUACUUUUGGAUCAAAUUCAAAUUUGUUACUAACCGAGACAUCACCGGUGCCCGAGAAGACAACGAAGCAGCACUCUAGCAGCUCUGGUCCUUCAGGGGACCAAUCAGAGCCUCCUUCGAAACGGAAAAAGUUGGAGCUCCAACUCAAUGCUGGGUUACGUGAGCGAGAACGGGAGAAGGGGAGAGAGAGGGAUGAUCAUGGAAAAGGUCAUGACGACAGAGACAGAGACGAUGGACACAGAGUUAGAGAAAGGGAGCACUCCCAGAAGGAAAGAGAUCACACCCAUAGGAAGAGAGAAAGGGGCAAUCAGGAGAGAGACAGAGACCGUGAGAAAGAUAGGGAUAGAGACCAGGAGAGGGAAUUCCAAAAUCAAUUCCAAAGAGAAAGAGAAAGAGAGCAAUGGGAGCAGCAACAUGUUCAUCAACAACAGCAGGGCCCUGGUCCGCAUUAUCAGUUACCACCACCCCCACCACCUCCUCCUCCUCCUCCACCACCUCUGCAGCCAAAUGCACACCAACCUGAGAGAUUGGUACAGGUUCCGCUAUCGCAGCAAGGAGUUGCACCCAAUUCUUUCCCUCCCCAGGGUUUUCCUCCGUACCACGUCCAGCAACAACAAGAAAAUCGUGGUACUCCCCGCUUUGAGUCACCAAGACAUGGCCCAUUCAUGGAUCCUCGGAUGACUGUACCGCCUGAUUAUCAAGAGACGAGUGUGCGGGCUAGACAUCCCCAACAGGAAGGCGACCGAGCAAGGAACAUGCCUCCUCAACAACAAGAAGGGUAUAGACCUCCAAUGGAUAACAGACAGGCUUUAAUGGUUCCUCAUUAUCAUGGAGAUUAUGGAGGACCGAUGGGCAUGCCAAUGGGUCCUCCAUCUAUGCAGGGAAUGGUAAGAUUUCAAGACGGUGCUCAUGGUGGAGGUCACCUACCUCUUCCAAAACGUGGAAACUUUGGACCAUCCGUGGAGUCUGCCAUGGGACAUCCUGCACAUGCGUUUGUAUGGGGAGCUCCUGCUAAUUACGCUGCUGCCCCUGGUCACCCUCCAUUCAUGAAUUGGCAACCCCCUCAAUAAUCACAUAUUCUAGGCCAUAUUGCCCUUCGACGAAACUCGGCUUUCAGUCAAAGUUUCUUGGAGUGAAAUUUUGUGUUACUCUGAAUAUGUAGUUGAAUGUGUAUGCACUGUGAUUGUCUGUCGGGUACUCCACAUGCUUAAUAGUAGGUAUAGAGAACAAACGCGGUAGAAUCAGAACUUGAGUGCUGUUUCUCAUCCCGCUGUCGUCUAAAUUUGCACAAGUUCAUUAGGUGUCAACAGCACGUGUAGUAGUCCUCCUUCCUCCGAUACUGUGUCUUGAAGAGGCUUUCAUCUUUGCAGAUGUUUGAGUGAUUUUCUGGCCAUGGUUACCCUACCCUGCUACUUCGAAAGAGUUUUGCUACGGUUGCUGGAAGGUGAAUAUGGUCGUUGAAUCUUACUCUGUCCUGGUGAUUCAUGUCGAGAAAUUGUAGACUAUGUCUGGGGUUGAUGUCAACCGUCUAUGAGUGGAAAUCCUUUUGACUGGGUUCUGAUCUUUCAGAAAAACACGGUGAAAUCCUCUCAGUUCCAUUGACCAAUUCUUUCUAGAUCUCUAGAACAGCGUUGUUUAUAAUGUGGACUUAUUGAGAUUGAGCUUAUCUCUGAGAAGCUGGUCAACCUCCUACAAAUCUGAAAUUUGACAUGGAAAUCAGCGUUGGUUCAUUGUCAGCUGAUCACGUUGUUGUGAAGUUUUUAAACAGCGGACUUUGUCGAGUUGAUCGCUCGGCAGCAACUCUUUACAGGGUUGCAGAUUGUUGAUAAGCUCUUCAUGUACGGCUGAGAAAGUGCGUACCUGUACACUCGGUCAACUACUGCGUGACGUAGAUAUCACUCCAUAUGCCAAGUUGUAUUAUUUGGGGCUUCAGAUUCCAGGUGUAUUAUUAUGAGUCGUGCGUUUCUGGAGUAUCGAAUUUUUGUACCAGUGACUGGACGAGUUAGAAGCUGCCUUGGAUCUUCAGUCGGUAAACGAAAAAUGCAUAUUUAAAGCUCGACUUCAGAUGACGGUUAGUAAAUACCAUUUGUAAAUGUAGUUUUUAUAAAAUUAAGUCAUCCAGAGAUGUAUACAUCUCAGCUUUUGCUAGAAUUUGCUGAACAUGAGAAACUGGAUUUAUAGCAGUGAUAUGAUGUGGUCAGAUCUUAUGAGCAUGUGACAGUCAGCAAGACAGAUUCGAGGUGAUUUUUUCGGGGAAGUCUGAUACUUGAUAUCCGGAAAGCGUGGGGUCCUAGAAUGUGAUGAUAGUGAAUGGCAAUAUUUCAAUGCGUAAACGUUCUCCGUACCUGUAUAGUGGAAAAAGAAUGUAAUGGAGUGAGGGCAGAGCACUGGCUGCUAAAGAGCGGAUAUUCACCUUUGCUUUCAUGAAAGUAUCUAUAGAGAGGAACGGCAUUGGCCACUGCACUUUCGUGAGUCCAAUACAUACAAACAGGAAGCUGAAUGAGUUCUGUGCAAAGCUUCAAGAAACAACGUGGCG